CAUGCGAGAGAAAACUAUUGAUAUAGCGGCUGAACAAUUUUGAAUGAAGUUAUCGUCACAGAUAAGAGUCAUCAUAUAUACACACACAUAUAUAUAUAGAGACAGCCGUUGUUUUGAGAUUAAGCUCGAAAUUAAAUCGUUUUUCUGAAGAAAAACAAAGUAAAAGGUUCAUUUUAUUUAUUUACAUGUGUUUGAAGGUGGCGAACCAGAGGAGUUCCGGUGAUGACCGUGAUGUCAGGUUUCCACCUCAAAGCGACGACGUCCAAGAUCAACAACCUGAGGCCGCCGCAGCAAUUAAUACUACAGUCACCACAACACAAGAAUUACUGAUGAUGAUGAGGCAACAACAAUCUCAAUACGCCGUCGUUCCGCAGCAGCCUCCGCUGCCUCCGCCGUUGCAGCAGCAGCAGAUGAUUUUCUCCGGGUACAGCCGCCCGACGGAGAUGUCGGCCAUUGUUUCGGCGCUGACGCAUGUCGUUUCCGGACGGAGAGGAAGUGGUAGUACUGCCGGGAACUGGGGAUCACACGACAGUCGUUUUGGCCAUCAACUUUAUUCUCCAAAUUCUCCUUGUUCGUCUGGUUCUGGAUCUUGGAUUAGUGGGCAAAAGAGAAAUCGUGAUGAUGAAGAAGAAACCGCAGUCGCUGCAGCUCAGCUUCUUAUUGACUCUGCACCACAGCAGAGGCCUUUUAGACCUGAUGAAUCCUCCUCAGCUAGUGCAACUGAAGAAGCUUCAAACAUCAUGAGUUCCGGUACAACAGCUGCCACCGUUGUUGCUGCCGCAGCACCGCCAAGCGAGAUGGCGGCGGCGGCGGCGGCUGCUCCACCGGAAGAGAGCGGUGGUGAGAGGAGGAGGAGGUAUCGUGGAGUGAGGCAGAGGCCGUGGGGGAAAUGGGCGGCAGAGAUUCGCGACCCCCACAAGGCGGCGAGGGUUUGGCUCGGAACCUUCGACACGGCGGAGGCGGCCGCCAGGGCUUACGAUGAGGCCGCGCUCCGCUUCCGUGGAAACCGUGCCAAGCUCAACUUCCCCGAGAACGUCAGAACAAUCCCGGCGCCUCGUCCGAUCGCCGCUGCCGCCGGCGAAUCUUCGGCGACCACCCUUUUGCCGCCUGUGCAGCCGAAUUUCUUCCAGACGACGCCGUUUCAUGACUCCUCCUCAGACGCCGCCCUCCUCCGCGAUUACUUUCAGUACUCACAGCUGCUCCAGAGCUCCGGGGACUUCUCCGGCGGACAUCUACAACAACAAUUACAGCUACAACUUCAGCAACAGCAACAGCAACAGCAACAGCAACAACAGCAACAGCAACAACAGCAACAGCAGCAACAGCAACAGCAACAACAGCAACAGCAGCAACAGCAACAGCAACAACAGCAACCAGCGGCGAGCUUGUUAGAGCAGAUGUUGUACAAUUCACAAAUGGUUUCUUCUUCUUCUUCUUCUUCUUCUUCGCAAUCUCCAUUCAUGUUUUCUUCGUCAUCCUCGUCUUCCUCUGUUCCUUCUUCUUCAUCCCCUGUUUUACAUCCUCUGUUCUUGUCCGCCCAGCAGCCGAAUACUCAAAAUCCGCCAAGUGGCUCCCAUUUUCCUUCGUUGACAUGGCCGCCACACUCCGGUUACCAUCCGCCUCCCUCUUCUUCCGGUUGAUUUUUUAUUUUAUUUUAAAAUUUUCAUAAAAGAACACAAAAAACUUUAUUCUUCUCUUUUUUUUUUUUCCGUUGAAAAAACUUUAUUCUUCCUAUCAGGACACCAUA